GACGUUCGGGAAUGUUUUGAUCCGCGAGCGAGCUGCAGUUUCUUCUGGAUUCGUGUGUUUGCUGAUUAUGAAAGACGAAAGAAUUUGUAAUAAACUUAAAAAUAGUGCUUUAAAUUGAAAUUUACAUACAGAAUGUCGAUGUUCGGGGCAAUUUUAAGGACGGCCACAAACUCGCAGCCGACGAAAACUUUCCUAGCGUGGCGCGCCCUCCACACCGGUCCAGUCACUAGCUUCCACUUCACGCCGAUUCUGUGCGCGGAACCGCUAAAGAAAAAGAAGAAAAUCGACCCGCAAAUCCUGAAGCAACGCGAGGAGCGUAAGCGCAAACGUCUGGAGAAGCAAAUCCGCCGGCUGGAGAAGAAUGCCCGCCAGUUGAAACCGGUCGAAGAGCUGGAGGUUCCGAUGGAGCUGAUCGACGAGCAGAAGCAACGCAAACGAACCGGGGUGAAGGUGAGUCCGGAGGUGCUCGAAGAUCGGGUGCUGCUGGAGAAGCAGUGGGCUAAGUAUCGGAUGGAACAGAAGCUGCAGGACUACCAGCUGAUCGAUCGGGUGCUGGCGGCGCAGACUAAGGCAUUGAACGAGCUGCGGCUGGAGUCGGAGGAGCUGUACCAGAAGGCGGUCCAGGUUGAUGCGGGGUUGGUGCCGUUCAAAGCGGUAGGGCCGGUGGCCACGCCUCCGAUUGACGGGUACGAAAUGCCCGACGGUGAGUAUCUGGAUGUGUCGAAGAAGUUCGAGUGAAUUGGAAGGCGAAUAAGAGUUGGAUGUUGAUUUAGGACA